AUGACCGUGGGUUUAUCGCUUACAGACACCGGUGAAGCAUCUCCAGGGUUUCAAUGGUCCCUGGCUCUUUCUCAUCUCAGAUACUAUGGUGAGCCGGUCAGUGUUCAGACGGAUCAUGACCAAAAUGGACGGAACUUUGCCUUAUUGCGUUUGGAUCUUUACUUGCGCACUGGCAUCUGCCGCAAUAUGCCAUUGGCCGAGUAUGACCGGUUCUUCACCUGGUUACAACCUCUGGUAAGGGCGUCAAGCCUGCUGGUGAACCGGUCUGAGAAUGAAUCCGCGGACUAUGAGGAACUCGUUCGUUACGGUCGCAGGCGCUGCAAAUACCUUCUCGGAGGUUCUCGGAUGGAAUUUGAAAACAGACCUUUUUUCGGGUUAUGCAUUCCAUACUACGUUACGCGUGGUCUGGCAACACCUUCUGGGUUAGAAGAAUACCUUCAAUCUCUCCGAUCAGUAGCGGAAAGCUCCCGCUUUGUAACAUUCUCCGUCAUUCGGUACUGCAAGACAAUUGCAGACACGGAGGUGGUUGUUUUAGCUACCGCCACUCCCUACACCUGGCCGCUGGAUCAACGCGCUGCAACUGACGGAUGUAAACCGCAAAAGUUCCAUGCACGGUCGGUGGCAGAGUCGCUUAUUUUUGAAGAAGUGGUGUGA